AUGAUCGACUCCGGCAGAGAAUCCCUCACUUACCCAACUCCAACCACUACUGAUGAAUUGGAGGGUACGAAAAAGAAGAAGUUACCUGUGACUCUGUUGUCUGGGUUUCUGGGAAGUGGAAAAACCACUCUACUAGAACAUAUCCUCCAGUCAGGGGAUCAUGGGUUACGAAUUGCAGUUAUUGUGAAUGAUAUGAGCAGUUUGAAUAUAGAUGCCACCCUCAUCAAAUCCCACCAUCACAGCAUCUCCCACACCAAAGAAUCCCUCAUCCAGUUACAAAACGGGUGCAUCUGCUGCACCCUCCGCGGCGAUCUCCUCUCCGAACUCGCCCGUCUAACCACCCAAGAUGGCGUCGAGUACGUGGUCAUAGAAAGCACAGGGAUCAGUGAACCCAUGCAAGUAGCCGAGACCUUCACGGCGGAGUUUAGUGCCGCUAUGCUUGAAGCGGGGGGUGAUUCUGGGUUAGGGUUGGAGGGAUUGGAUGGGGAGAGUAGGAAGGUUGUUGAGGAUGUUGUAAAAUCCGGUGGUCUUUCAACCCUCACAACCCUCGACACGACCGUAACCGUCCUCGACGCAUUCAACCUCCACCAUAACCUCCACACAGCGGAAUUCCUCUCCGAUCGAUACGGCUCCGGGGAAAUUAUCCCCGAAGACGAACGGACUAUCUCCGAUCUUAUGGUUGAUCAGAUUGAGUUUGCGGAUGUGAUUGUUAUUAAUAAAAUUGAUAUGGUAGAUUCUGUGGCAAAAGAGAAGAUACGCACCCUGGUGGGAUUACUAAAUCCCGUGGCCAAGGUGCUGGAGAGUAGGUAUUCGAAGAUUGAUGUGAGGGAGGUGUUGGGGACAGAGAGGUUUGAUUUCUUGCGUGCGGCUAGUAGUGCCGGUUGGUUGAGGAGUUUGCAUGAGAUGGGCAAGGUGGAGACAGCGAAUGGAGUGCGGAUGGCGCCCAAGCCAGAGACAUUGGAGUACGGCAUCAAUAACUUUGUGUAUACAGCUAGAAGACCGUUUCAUCCGCGGAGGCUAUUCGCGUUGUUGUAUGAUAAGUUUAUUUUGUUGCAAAACGCCGGGGGUGACGACGACGACGACGAUGAUGACAACGAAGACGAAGACAACGAGGAAGAAGAAGAUGAAGAAGAACAUCCAGAUUCCGAUUCCGAUUCAGAAAUGCCCGACCUCGACCAACCCACCCCUGAAACCAUCCUCUCCAACAAACGCGCCCACCCCAUUCUCCACCCCAUCCUCCGUUCCAAAGGCUUCUUCUGGCUAGCCACCCGCCCCUAUCAAUUCGGCGAAUGGAGUCAAGCCGGCGUCAUGCUAACCCUAGGCUGCGGCGGCGGGUGGUUCGCCGAACUGCCCGACGAAGCAUGGCCAGAGGACGCGGACGUGCGCAAGUCCAUCACGGACGACUUUCAGGGUGAAUGGGGGGAUCGUCGUCAGGAGAUAGUGUUUAUCGGGGAGGGUAUUGAUACGGUGGCGAUUACGGAGCUGCUUGAUGAAUGUCUAUUGAAUGAUAGUGAGAUGAAGCGGUGGGAGGGUGUUAUGCGGAAGAAGGGAGUAACUCGCGGAGAGAAGCAGGAGAUGAUGGCGGAGAUUUGGGAGGAUGGGUGGGAGGAUUGGCCCGGGUUGGAUGAAGAUGAGAUUGAGAUGGAGAUGGACGAGGAAGAGGGAGGGAAGAAGAGGAAGGUGAGUGAGUAUUUGCAUGGGCAUAGUCAUAACCAUCAUGGACAUGCACAUGCACAUGGACGGUAA